AUGUAUCGAACAUCACUAGUAUCGUAUCUGCCAUGGAACAGCUGCACUACCUCCGUUCGUUUGUCAGUCGGAGCCGGCGGUCGGCAAGCAGUGACGGCAUCCUUCUCCACCAGCUCGAGCUCGCAUGCCCAGAGGACCGUAAAGGUGCGCACUUGCUACCGUACUCCUUGCAGCAUGUUUCACUUGAGAUGAGUCCUUCUGACUUGCUGCACCCCCUUCUACAUCGUCUUUGCGUGGGCGACCGUUCUGGGCCCCACCUUUGUGUCGUCGUGCGAUCCACCGCCGCCAGCUCAUCGAGGUCGGCCCUCGGGAUGGGCUGCAGAACGAAAAAGCUGUCCUGACAGCCGAUCUCAAGACAUCGCUCAUCACCAAACUGGCCAAUGUGGGACUAAGGACGAUCGAAGCGGGCUCCUUCGUCGCUCCUAAAUGGGUGAGCUCGAGUUCUCACCAGCUCCUCUACGUCUGCUGAUUCGGGGUGAUUUCAUCCCCCAAGGUGCCCCAAAUGGCUUCUACGAGCGAAGUCAUGACCUCACCUGCGCUCGAUGCUUUGCGCGAACACUACGGCGAUUCGCUCUCGCUGCCCGUCCUCAUCCCGAACGCCAAAGGCCUCUCGACCUUCCUCUCCCUUCUCGAAGCCCAACCCCGUUCAUCCGUCCGCCUUUCCAAUGAAAUCGCCCUCUUCAUCGCCGCCUCCGAAGGUUUCUCCAAGGCGAACCUCAACACGACCGUUCAAGCCUCCCUCGACUCUCUCCCACCCUUGAUCGAACAAGCCAAAACCCAAGGGCUCAAAGUCCGAGCAUACAUUUCGACCGUCCUAGGUUGCCCUUUCGACGGUCGAGUCGACAAGACCAAAGUCGCGGAUUUGAGUAAGAGUUUGUUGGAUAUGGGAGCUUAUGAAGUUAGUUUGGGGGAUACGAUUGGGGUCGGGACGCCCAAGGGGUGGGAGGAGUUGAUCGAGCUGUGUCGGACGAAAGGGGUCGAUGUCGACAAGUUGGCGGUCAGUGCAUCAGAGUCCAUCGUCUAGAUUGUCGAUGCAGACCUCUGACCGUCGCUUUCUCGUUGAAUGGGUUAUUGCUCCUCGAUAGGCGCAUUGUCAUGACACGUAUGGAACGGCCGUCGCGAACGUGCUGAAAUGUGUCGAGGUAAGUUUCGCCAAUGGAUCCCAAGCUCGCGUAGGCUCAGGAGCACAUCGUGCUGCUUGCUCGAAUCAAACAACAUUUCCAUUGAAAGGAGGAACCUGGCUGAUGCACCUUGUAUUCCAUCUCCCAGCUCGGUAUUUCGUCCCUCGACACCUCGAUCGGCGGUCUAGGAGGUUGCCCCUAUUCGCCCGGUGCGACAGGCAACGUCGCGACUGAAGACGUAAUAUACGCCCUCGAGACCUCGGGAAUAUCAACCUCACUCUUACCCUCUCCUCUAUUGUCCUCCGCUCCUGAAGAUCUGUUGGAUCUUGGAAGUGAAAGGGCCAGAAAAUUCGUCGAGAUUGCGGAGGUGGGGGAAUGGGUCAGUGCGGAGUUGGGGAGAACGAAUGCGAGUCGCGCGGGGGCGGCGGCGGUCAAGAGGAUGAGGUGGUUGAGGGAGAAGGAGGAGAAGAGAAAGGCCAAGAUGUAG